AUGAAUAAAUUAAUUAUUGCUAUUAUCUUUUGUUUAGCUUUAUUCUCAUCAGCUUUUGCUGAUAUUUGGAGCAAUUGCGGUACUUCAGCUGAUUUACUUCAAAUUGAUACUGUCGAUAUCACUCCAAACCCACCACAAAAAGGUCAAGAUUUAACUGUUUCAGCUUCAGGUUACCUUUCACAAACUGUUCAAGAUGGUACUGCUAAUAUCAUCGUUAAAUACGGUUUCAUCACCCUCUACAAAGGCUCACAAGAUAUCUGUACACCAAAAGACCCAAUUGCAUGUCCAAUCCAAGCUGGUCAAUACAACAAAACCGUUUCAGCCACCAUUCCAUCAGCUGCCCCAUCUGGUAAAUACACUGGUUCAGUCACCUUAGUUUCAAACACUGGUGCCCAAAUCGCCUGUAUUGAUGUUAACUUUACUCUUUAA